AUGGACGAUUUGAAAUUAUCGUUUGAUGAGGAGUACAACCUCAGAGUGUUUGAUCCUGCCAAGUUUACCACAUCCGAGGCAGUGAGGCACAAAUCAGAAGAAUUCGCAACAAAAAUCAAGGACUUUCAAAAAUUGGUAUCGGAAGUGAUGCAAAUAUUGGAAAGUCAAGGAAAAACUAUUGAAGACGAAAAAUUAAAAGCAAUCGGAAUGAGAAAUUUAGUAAAAGGAGAGGAAGAUCGACGAAAGAAUCUUCUUCGGGAAUACAAUCAACUAAUUGCUGACAAACAUACAGAAUUGGAAAGAUAUGUCGACGAGCUUGAAUCCUUGAAAAAAGUGGAGCAAGAACAACGAAAGCUUAUUGAUAGACUUAGUAAUAAUGAGCCCACCGAAAUGGAUUAG